GUUGGCUUGCGGAAUCCGCCAUCAACCAGAGAAGAAGAAGAAGAAGCCUCGCCAAAAAAAAGUGGGAGAUUCGAACAAGUGGCGGAACUAAACCGUGUUUUGUGGCCCAACCGCCUCGCGGCUCAUGAUCUGACACGGAGCUGGAGCCUCUCGCCGAUCCUCCCCGAAUGGCGACCCCGAGCAAGACGCCGCCCGGCGCCGACCCCAAGCAGCUGGAGCGCACGGGCACGGUCCGGGAGAUCGGCUCCCAGGCGGUGUGGUCCCUCUCCUCCUGCAAGCCCGGUUUCGGAGUGGACCAGCUGAGGGACGACAACCUGGAGACGUACUGGCAGUCGGACGGAUCCCAGCCUCACCUGGUCAACAUCCAGUUCAGGCGGAGGACGACGGUGAAGAUGCUGUGCAUUUACGCCGACUACAAGUCCGACGAGAGCUACACGCCCAGUAAGAUCUCCGUCCGGGUGGGCAACAACUUCCACAACCUGCAGGAGAUCCGGUUGGAGAUGGUGGAGCCCAGCGGCUGGAUUCACAUCUCUCUGAUGAACCAGCGCACGAACGAGCCGAUCAGCACCUUCAUGAUCCAGAUCGCGGUGCUGGCGAACCACCAGAACGGCCGCGACACGCACAUGCGGCAGAUCAAGGUCUACACGCCGGUGGAGGAGAGCUCCAUCGGCAAGUUCCCACGAUGCACCACGGUCGACUUCAUGAUGUACCGCACCAUCAGGUGACGCGCGGCCGGAUCGCUGGUGGGAAUCGUGUCCAGAAGAAUAACCACGUGGACUCGUAUCUGCUGCUUCUACGAUUAAAAAAAAAACGUAUUUGGUUCGAUUCUGACGCGACGACACAAUCGAUCGUUUCAGUCUUUCGCUUCAGAUUCUGUCAAAUGAUCCAGUGUCAAUAUUUUAAAUAUUUAAAUUUGACUGUAACAAGAGUUCAGUGUUUUUUUGUUUUUGUUUUUCCUUCUCAAAAUUAAAAAAAAGCCUCUUCUCAUGAUCAGAUCCGUCUGUUACACAAUGUGUUGUCAGGCUAGCCGUUCCCCUCUGUUUCCAGUCUUUAUGCUAAGCUAACUGGCUGUGGCCUCAUAUUCACCACAUGGAUAUGAGAGCGGUAUGGAUAAUCUCAUCCAACUCUUCUGCAAGAAGACAAAUAAUCAUAUUUCCCACAAUUUCUUUGACUCGAGGUCGAGUUACGAGCUUUGACCCUCAAAUAAAUUUUGAUAAUUAUCACAUCAGACAAAAGAAACCACUAUUUAAACCUGAAAGUAGAUUUAAAAAUCACACGUGAAGAUCAUCGUGUAGUUAAAAGCUCCGAAAGUUGGACCUUGAUUAUUUGUAUUUUUUUUUCGUAAAAAAACAUUUAUCAGAGGACUUAUUUCCAUUGAAACGAGAAGUAUUCUGGAAGAAAACUCUGAAUUCUCUGUGGGUUGUUUUUGACUUGGAAGCGGUGAAAUCAUAAAGAUAUUGAAUAUGACAUUGUCUCUACGUGGUGACGUUUCAUAUGUUGUAAAGAAAAACUAAACCUCCAACAAUGUGACUGUUUGUAUGAAAAUAAAGGUUUUUUUUGCUGAAUUUGA